AUGAAACUUCAAAAGCACCGGAGCAAUCCUGCACAGCGUGCAGAGUACCUUCAGAGGGCGACCUUCAAUUACAGGCUGAGCCGCGCACGCCGCCUCAUUGAAAAUGCAUUCGGCAUUAUGUCAAGUCGGUGGCGGAUUCUCCGCAGAGCCUUUAGGGCCUCAGAGACCACCACCGAAAACAUCAUCCGGGCAUGUGUCGUGCUGCACAAUUUCAUGCUCCAGGAGUCGCCACAUGCAAGGCUGACAUAUAAUCCACCUGGCUAUGUGGACCAUGAGGACUGGCAGGGCAGAUGCAUGGAAGGAGCUUGGAGGGACGGCGACGAUGACCCCUCUAUAUUUAAGGAGCCCACUGCAUCUGGCUGUCACUCCGCUAGAGUGGCGAUAAAUGUCCGGGAGAAGCUCGCCAAAUUCUUUAUGAAUGAAGGCCAAGUUCCGUGGCAAGAGCGCAUCGUCACUCGGGCAGGUCAGCGGGUAAACUGAAGCCUGAGUAAAGGCAGAUACCCUUUAUAUCACUUGUUGUUCAAAUUGUAUUGUCAGUAUAUAUUGUAUUGUUCCUCCUUAAAAAGAACGGGACAGCGUUAUAGCCUCAGUAUGGAACUGGCAUCCAUCUUGAUUUGCUUUAUUCCCAACUUCAUCCUUCUUUUCUUU